AUGAUGUCUGAAAACGAACAUAAAACAUCGGUAUUAGAAUCUGAAAUAUUUCAUGCUAUUCAAAAUUCUCAAUAUAAACGGCUUGCAUUAUAUAUUCGUCAUGAUUAUAAUUUAAAUGUUACAUCAAAAGAUGGUCGCAAUGGUUUAUUCUAUGCAUUAGAUAUAAAUGAUUCAUAUAAACGUUGUCGUAUGCUUAGAUUUUGUUUAGAUCAUGGAAUUAAUCCAUUACAUAGAGAUAAUAUUAAUGGUUAUACUGUAUUACAUGAAGCUAUGGCUCGACAACAACUUGAUUCAUUUGAACUUCUCUUUGAUGAGAUAAGUGGUGAAAUAGAUUGGCGUUCAUUAGAUGCACAUGGACGUACAAUUUUACAUCAAGCAGUUGAAUUAAAUAAUGUUGUAAUACUUGAAACACUUAUAACAACAAUGAAUCGUUAUAGUAUAUCUGUUGAUUUAUUAGAUAAAAAUGGUUUAACACCAUAUUUACUUGCUAUAAAACUUCAUCUACAUGAUAUGGCACAAAUACUUUUAAAAAAAGGACAUGCAAGUCAACAGAAAUGUGAUUUACAAACACAUCAUAGUGCUCGUGAAUGGGAAAAUAUUGGUAUGAAAGAAAAUUGUUUAAUUUUACGUCAAAAACUUCGAAAAGAAAUGAAUGAUGCUAUGAAAAAAGGCAAAAUAAAUAAAGUUAAUAAAUUAAAAAAAAUGUAUUGUUCAACAUAUUCAUUAUUCGUAAAUGAUAAUAUGCGUCGUGAUUCAAAUUUAACAAUGACAACUCAAUCAGGUUUAAAUAGAAAAUCAUCAUUAUCAAUUAAUGAAAUGAUUGAUCGUUUACAUCAAGGUGUCAGACCUGAAACAUAUAUUGAUAGUAGAAAAGAUGAAAAAGCUUUUCAUUUCGAACAAAUUCUACCAAGAUCUCUUCCACCUAUAGGAACUUUAAAACGACAUCGACAAAGUUCUUCAACAAAUUCUCUUAUUGAUUUAUUUCAGAUAGCUCAAUUAUCAUCGUGA